CCGAUCAGCCCAGCCCACUCAUCAACCCUAAUCAGCGGAGGGCCGAUUAGCGCCCCGCUCGAUCGUAGGGGGCAGAGAGGGGAGCAGAGAAAGGGAGAAUGGCGAGCACGGGGGAGGCGUCUUCACCUGUUUUCGAUGGCGAACCAGCUGCCGAGGAGCCGAUCAAGAACACUGAUCCUAUCGGUCCUACGUCCGGCCCCGUAGUUUGCGUCGUGAGGUUCGCCGGGGACUCGCUUGCCGGAGGAUUCAUGGGAUCCAUGUUCGGUUAUGGUAAAGGUCUGAUGAGUAAAAAGGGUUUAGUAGGCUCUUUUGCUGAUGCUGGUGUUUCUGCCAAGACAUUUGCAAUUUUGUCUGGCGUGCAUAGUUUGGUUAGUUGCUUAUUGAAGAGAUUGCGGGGAAAAGAUGAUGUAAUCAAUGCAGGUGUAGCAGGGUGUUGCACUGGCCUUGCUUUAAGCUUUCCAGGUGCACCUCAGGCUUUGAUGCAGAGCUGUCUCACCUUUGGAGUAUUCUCAUUCAUCAUGGAAGGGCUUAACAAGCAGCAGCCCGCAUUGGCACUAUCUCUCGCUUCCUAUAACGACGGUGACAACAGGAUGAAGAGUCCGAUGAAUGUACUUCCUCCCUUCACUCUUCCUCUUCCACCCAAUCUUAUGAAGGGCUUUUCUACCUUCUGCAAGUGUUUGUCCAAGCCGGAUACUUUACCUGGUGAAUAAAAUGCAAAUUGGACAUUGCAUCCAAUUUCUUAUUUUUCCCUCUCUUUUUGUGCUCUUUAAGACUUCAGAGCUUGUAAAUGAAGAUCAAUAUUGGAGCCCCAGAGAAGUGAUGUAAUCAAUAUUUUUUGUAUUGAUUCUGCUGCCUGCUUUGCUGAUA